ACCUCCUCCUCCUCUUGGCUCGGGCGGCAGUGUGACUCAGCACCGAACAACAACCGGGAAGUAACGCAGAUAAAUAAAGGACCCAGCGACAUAUCUAGGCGACGCUCGCUCAGUAGCAACCCCGCGGUGAACCAUGGCUAGCUACCACAAACCCGACGAGAAGACCCUGCAGGGGCUGAAGGAUAUCGCCAACAAGCUGAGAAUUCACUCGAUCAAUGCAACAUGCGCCUCCAAAUCUGGCCACCCUACAUCAUGUUGCAGUGCGGCUGAGCUCAUGUCUGUCCUCUUCUUCCACACUAUGCGCUAUAAAGCUGACGACCCUCGCAACCAGUGCAAUGACCGCUUUGUGCUGUCAAAGGGUCAUGCUGCACCAAUCCUGUAUGCUGCCUGGGCAGAAGCUGGGUUUGUGAAAGAGUCAGAUCUGCUUAACCUGCGCAAGAUUGACUGCGACUUGGAAGGACACCCCACUCCAGUAAGACCAGAGCCCCAAGCUUUAUUUGCUCUACAUCUUUUAAUGUUAGCCCUGACUUUUAUUCUUUGUAUCCACCAGAAACUGGCGUUUGUUGAUGUGGCAACAGGAUCUCUUGGUCAGGGUCUGAGUGUUGCCUGUGGCAUGGCCUACACCGGCAAGUACUUUGACAAAUCCAGUUACCGCGUAUACUGUAUGAUGGGAGAUGGAGAGUGUUCCGAAGGCUCUGUGUGGGAAGCCAUGGCGUUUGCUUCCCACUAUAAGCUGGAUAACCUGGUGGCAAUCAUGGAUGUCAAUCGGCUUGGUCAGAGUGAGCCAGCGCCCAUCCAGCAUGACAUGGACACUUAUCGCAAGCGCUGUGAAGCCUUUGGAUGGAAUACACAUGUUGUGGAUGGGCAUGAUGUGGAGGAGCUGUGCAAAGCAUUCUGGCAUGCUCAGCAGGUUAAGGGAAAGCCCACUUGCAUAGUUGCCAAAACAUUCAAGGGCAAAGGUCUCCCAGGUAUUGAGGAUUUUGAGAACUGGCAUGGAAAGACCAUUCCGAAAGACAAGGUAGAUGGACUCUUGAAUGGCCUUCGGGAGAAAAUCCAAGUCCCAAACAAGACUUUGUGUCCUGAGCUGCCUAAUGAUGACACAGCACCUGCUGACCUAAGCCCAAUCUCCCUGCCCUCCCCUCCAGCAUACAAAAAGGGUGAAAAGAUGGCAACAAGGCGAGCUUACGGUGUGGCGCUGGCAAAGCUGGGCCAAGCAAGCCAGAGAGUGGUCGCCCUUGACGGGGACACCAAAAACUCCACAUUCUCUGAGACCUUCAAAAAAGCUUUCCCCAAGCGCUACAUUGAAUGCUUUAUUGCUGAACAGAACUUGGUGGGUGUGGCUAUUGGGUGUGCCACCCGUGACCGAAAUGUGGCAUUUGUCAGUACUUUUGCUGCCUUUAUGUCCAGAGCCUAUGACCAGAUCCGAAUGGGAGCCAUUUCUCAGUCAAAUGUCAACUUGGUAGGGUCACACUGUGGAGUCUCUAUCGGUGAGGAUGGACCUUCCCAGAUGGCGCUAGAGGAUUUGGCCAUGUUCCGUGCCAUCCCCACUUGUACCGUGUUUUACCCCAGUGAUGCAGUGGCCACAGAGAGAGCGGUCGAGUUUGCAGCAAAUACAAAGGGUAUCUGCUUCAUUCGAACCAGCAGACCAGACACUGCAGUCAUCUACUCGCCGGAAGAAAAGUUUGAAAUUGGUGUUGCCAAGGUCGUCCGCCAAUCUGACAGUGAUGUUGUGACAGUGAUUGGAGCUGGUGUUACACUGCAUGAGGCUCUUUCUGCUGCAGACAUGCUGGCAAGUGAAGGGAAAAAUAUAAGAGUCAUUGACCCGUUCACCAUCAAGCCUCUUGAUGCUGCCACCAUUUUGGCGAGUGCUCGAGCCACGGGAGGACAAAUCAUCACAGUAGAGGACCACUACAAGGAGGGUGGUCUUGGCGAAGCAGUGUUGUCUGCUGUAGGCAGCGAGCCAGGUAUUGUCGUGACUCGCCUGGCAGUCACAAGCGUCCCUCGGAGUGGGAAACCACAGGAACUUUUGGACCUCUUUGGCAUCAGUGCUAAGCAAAUAGCCAAAACUGUGCGUCAAACAUUUGCCAACUAAGGAUAAUACGUAAAUGUUUUCAUUAAUGUUCUCCUUUCUAUCCAACUUGCCUGACAGUGUGCUAACUCCUAGUGUCAGUUUAAGACUAGAUUUAAUUAUGUGCUGUCAUAUUCAUUUGCUGAUGGAAAAUGCAGUAAGAUGACACUUCAUACUUCAUUCUACUCAUUCCAUAAAAUGCUAUUGUUGCAUUCCAUCUUUCACGCUUUUAUUUGACUGACAAAUCCUUCCUGAAGUACCGGUAGUCAUGGCGUUUUGAAGAGAAUUGACUUUUUGAACAUAGAAAACCAGUGUUGUUCAGUUCGAUGCUGAUGUGCUGAAUUAAACAAAAUUAAUCCAA